GGGCAGGGCCGGGCCUCGCCUUCCUCCUCCUCCUCCUCCGGCGGGGCGGGGAAGUUUCUGGCACCUUCUGGCGGUGGCGGCGGAAGCGGCCGCGGGCAGCGGGGGGAGCGGCGGAGGCGGCGCCGCGGCAGCGCCAUGGCCAAGUGGGGCCAGGGGGACCCGCGCUGGAUCGUGGAGGAGCGGGCGGACGCCACCAACGUGAACAACUGGCACUGGACGGAGCGGGACGCGACCAGCUGGUCCAAGAGGAAGCUGAAGGAGGUGCUGGAGGGGCUGGUGGUGGAGGGCGAGGCCGGGCGCUGCGAGAUCGGCGACCUCAAACACGUGGAGGGCGAAGCGUCCUGCAACAGCCGCAAGGGGAAGCUCAUCUUCUUCUACGAGUGGAACCUGCGCCUCAGCUGGAAAGGUACAGUGAAAGAGUCUGGUGAGAAACAUAAGGGAUCUGUUGAAAUUCCUAACCUGUCAGAAGAAAAUGAGGUAGAUGAUACAGAGAUAAAUGUUAGCAAGAAGAAAGGGGAAGGUGAUGUGCUGAAGGAGCUGAUGAGAACUGAAGGAACCACCAAAGUCAGAGAGGCCCUGAGGGACUACCUGAAAGCACUUAAAACAGAGUUCACCUUGGGAAUGAUCCUGCCCACAAAAGCCGCUGUAGGUCAGGAGCUGGCCACGGAGCGCAAAGCAGGCGGGAGCCCUGUGCAGGACUCUGUUACACCACAGGCUCUGGAUAUGGUGGGAGUAAAAAUUCCAACAGUGAGGAUACACAUGAGGGAAGUCUUCAACUCUCCAGCUGAUGAACUGUACAGCAUCUUCACAAAGAAGGAAUUGGUACAGAAAUUCUCCAAGUGCCCAGCUGUGAUUGAAGCAGAGAAAGGAGGCAAACUCCAGAUGUUUGAGGGCUGUGUCAGUGGUGAAUACACAGAACUGGUGCCGAGCCAAAGGCUGGUGCUGAAGUGGCGGUGUAGGAGCUGGCCUGAGGAACAUUAUGCAACUGUGGCCUUGACCUUCCAGGACCUGGCGGCUCAGUCGGAGCUGGAGCUGGAGUGCAAAGGGGUUCCUGUCUCCCACGAAGAGAGUACAAGACAAUGCUGGAAGAAGCAAUAUUUUGAAGAAAUACAUCUUUUACUGCAGCAAUCAAAAGACAGCAUGGAAUGAUAACAGCACUGUAGUUUUGUUAGGGCAUUACUUUUUAUACUUUGUUAACAUUUGGUUUUCUAAAAAAAGAAAAAAUAUAAUUUAUUUGUGGGAAGAAUAAAGACCCACUUCUAUGAGACUGUACAUAGUUUAAGCACUAUUUAUGGGUUUUUAGGGAAUGAGAGGCAAGUCAGACUGUGUACAUCAACAGCUUUACCUGGGGACAGUGAUCUCUGUUCUGCUUGCCUGGAACUUGAGAGUGACAAUGAUCCACUUGCACUGAGCCCUGCCUGCAGAGGCAGGAGAGCUACACCAUCAGUAGAAGCAUUUCCAGUUCCUUACUGUUCAGUGUAUCAAGUGGCAGAAUGAAAUCCCUGGAGGAGACGGAGUUCCCAGCAGAGGUGAGCUGCAAGGGAUUACAAAACUGCUGAUCCAUUUCAACAAUUGGGGGUGUCAUUUACAGCCUCUGUGGAAUACUUGCUAGGUGCUUUUAACUGCAGACUGUUUGCAGCUGCAGUGUUAGGGAAGAUAAUUAAUAAUGUCAUGUAAUUAUUAGGCCUGCAUGCACUGUACUCCCUCCCUUGACCUCGGUGUGACAUUUAUUUAGGAAGAAACAAACAGUAGUAGUGCUUUCUUUCUGCAGUUCUGUAAAACCUUCCACUGAAAUGAUUCACAGCCCUCUGCAAUGCUGUACCUCAAAGACAACAACUGUAAAGAGAAUUUUGACAGGAACAGAUUGUAAUUCCUAAUACAACCAUCUUGAGGUGAGCAAGGAUGACUUAGGUCUCAGAUGCUUUAUAAAUAAAGUGUACAAAUGAAAUAUGCAAUCUGAAACAAUCUGACCACAACAGGGCAGGCUGCUUUUGGAAAACAUGCUUGGCUCAAUAAAAAUAUGACUUCA